AUGGCCGAGCGCGCGGCCAAGAAGAGGAGGCUGAGUCCGUCUGAAGAUGGGGCAUCAGUUCCGGGCUUUGCGAGCUAUGAUCUUGAGGCAGACUAUGCGCAGCGUUUGGCGAACAGGAAAAAGAAGGAUAAGAAGCAGGACAAACUUGCCAUCAAGACUGCCGAUGGUCGCGUGGUGGAGAAUCCGCGAGCAGAUGUUGAGCCGGAGCAAGAAGAUGAUGCCGGCAGCUUUUUGGCCAGUGACGAAGACGCGGACAGCGGGGUUGUAGCAGAUAUGCAACCAAAAGAGCAGAAACCAAAGAAGCCUCGAUUACCACCGAAGGAGGAGAUACGGCUCGCCAAGGAAGAAUUGGCACGUCUAGCGCAGUCGUUGAGUGAAGAUCCAGAAGAGCAUAUUGGUCAAUUGGGAGCAUUGGCAGAGUAUACGCAAUCAGACAAUGUCACAGUCAAGAAGCUGGCAUUGGCGACACAGCUCGCAGUGUUCAAGGACAUAAUUCCGGGAUAUCGCAUAAGACCUUUGGGCGAGAAGGACCGAGAAGCAAAAGUGUCAAAAGAUGUGAAGAGAUUGAGAACCUUUGAACAAGGUCUGCUGCAUGGCUAUAAAGACUACAUUUCGACACUGUCCAGCCUAGCAGUCGCAAAGGCGAGCAAGACUUUGGACCAGAAAUCAGCAAGCGGUCUGGCAAGUGUGGCAAUUUCUUGCGCAUGCACUCUGCUGAACACGGUGCCGCAUUUCAACAAUCGUGGAGAUCUCAUUGGAAUUCUGGUCAAGAAGCUAGGUGCGAGAAACGUUGACGCCGACUUUGUCAAGUGCAAAGAGUCGAUCGAGAAGCUUUUUCAAGAAGACGACGAAGGCCAUGUAUCGCUCGAUGUGGUGACUCAAUUGACGAAGAUGAUGAAGACGAAGAAUUAUGCCAUUCAUGAAGGUGUGCUAAACACGUUUCUGCACCUGCGACUGCUGGGCGAAUUUGCCCACAAGGCUGCUCCAAAUCACGUCGACAAGGAUCAAGACGAACAGACGAAUGGCAAGAAGCCAAAGCAGAAAAAGGAGUUCCGGACGAAGCGCGAACGAAAGGUGAUGAAGGAACGGAAACAGGUCGAGAAGGAAUUGAAGGAGGCAGAUGCGGCAGUAUCCUACGAAGAGCGCGAUAAGAAUCAAGCUGAGACGCUCAAGCUGGUUUUCGUGGCAUAUUUCCGCAUUCUCAAGGAACGAGUGCAGCACUUGAUGGGAGCUGUAUUGGAAGGCUUGGCGAAGUACAGCCAUCUCAUCAACCAAGAUUUCUUCGGCGAUGUACUGGAAGUGCUUAAAGAUCUCAUCCGAGAAGCCGAAGCAGCUCUUCAGCCUACCGAGGACGAAGAAGAGGACGACGAUGAGCUCGAUGAUGACAUUCAGCGUAACAUCGUUCGCGAGUCCCUCCUCUGCAUCAUCACAGCCUUUGCACUGCUCCAAGGCCAAGUCGAUGUCGCGAAAUCAGCCAACGCACUAUCGCUCGAUCUCUCAUUCUUCGUCAAACACCUUUACCAGACCUUGAUCCCACUCAGCAUGGACCCAAAUAUCGAGCUUUCGGCAUCAAAAGCAUCACAUCUGCACGACCCGAAUGGCCUCACAAUUCCGCAAACAGCGUCAAACAAAGUCAAUGUCUCGACCACGACGGUCCUGCUCCUUCGAUGCCUACAAAGCAUCCUCCUCCCGCCCACGAAUACGAAAUCCGUACCUCCAGCGAGAGUGGCGGCCUACAUUCGACAGCUCAUGACGUUAUCUCUGCACGUCCCACAGAAAUCUGCGAUCGCAGUUCUAGAGCUGUUGAAAAGUGUGACGAAGAUUCACGGCAAGAAAGUCGCAGCGCUCUGGUACACGGAAGAAAGGAAAGGCGAUGGCGUCUUUAAUGCUCUGAGCGAAGAAGUUGAAAGCAGUAAUCCGUUCGCCAGCACAGCGUGGGAGGGCGAGUUGUUGAGGAAGCAUUGGGAUCCUAAAGUCAGAGAUGCUGUCAAAGUUCUUGAGGUGAAUGUCAAAGCGGCUAGGAGUUGA